AUGGAACAGAUUGACAAGGUUAAUAAAAGAAGAGAGGUAAGUGUACUUGAGAAACAACUGCACGAGGAAGAAAGGGAGUUAUUAGCCAGAGAAUGUGCCCGUGAUGAGUUUCAGGAUUGGCAGAAGAAAGAUGAGUUUCUUUUCAAUCAGAACAAGACUAGGUCUGGUAUCACAGGAUUGGUCAGUACGAAAGAGAUUGGAUCGAAUUUUUCGGUUAUGGAUGGGCGGUCCCGGAUGUGUAGUGAUUAUUGGAAAGCAAUUCUGGAAAUUUGCAUUUCGAAGACAGCUGAGGCUAGCUAA